AUGAACAGCACUCAAACUCCUCCGGAUGCUAGAGGCAACACCUCUGUCUCCCUUGACGAUACGCUGAAAGCGCUUUGGCGUGUAGCCGAAUUGGAAGAUUUCCAGAUCAACGCUUUUCGUCAGUUCUACAAAGUUGUGGUUCCGGAAAUACCUUCUUCGCAACAUAACGGCAGCAUCGCUAUCGAAAUUGACAGGAACGGUCUAACAAUAAACGAAAGAGUUAUAGAGGCAGUUGAGAAGCUGAGGUUCGGACAUGACAAAACUGCAAACGCCUUUUCGAUGGAGACCUUUUCACACGGUGUCGACCAGGGAAUCACACUACGGCAAACAGUGAAGCUCGCCUAUCUAAUCGAUCCUGCAUCAUACAGAGAAUAUUCAAACAUGUCUCGGUUCGAAAACGACCCAAAUUUCCCUGUGGAGUGGAAGUCAGAGCAGACAUUCAAAGAUUUUUUCAAUACUGCUUUUCCUACUACCACCAACACCCAAGAAUUAUGGACACUCUCUACUGGGAAAAAGUUUCUGAAGGCAUCGAAACUCCGUCAAAGGCUAAAAAUCCGGAUCGAACGGACCGACGAUCUCGCAGCGCACCUGGUCUACAAUCCGGCUCGAAAGUCUCUAAUGGGUUUCCAUCAAGUUGAAUGGCUCAAAGCCUAG